CAAACAAACAUGGCCGCCUCCGAGCAGCUAGACGUGAGCGUGAUAAACACGGAUGAAAAAGAGCGCGACUCGGCGAUGGAAACGGACGAGCGCUCCAUCUCAGAGAAAAACACAGACUCCAAAAAGAAAGAAAUACCUGCAAGUGGUCAGGAAACAGCGGAGCCCUUUAAAAAACCAACUGCGAUCACUGCGCCUUCUCUGUCCAGCAAACGCAACCUGAACGCUGCUGCUCCAUCCAAAGCCGGAGCUGAGAGGAGACUCGAGAAAGAAAACAACGAAGCUCAAGUUGAGGACACUAAUUGCGGCGAGCCAUCGGUUCUUCCAGCGGACAAUAACGAAAGGCCGGACACUGCGCCUGAAAAGAAUACAGAUGGCGAUGAACACUCAGACGCUCCUUCAGUCAACGUGAAAUCUGAAUUACAACGAAGGGUGCUCCAAGCCAAGGUUCCUCCCGCUGGCAAGUUCCCUCCUCUCCCAUACACAGAGCCCGAGUGGGGUGGCCCUGCCCCGGAUGACCUGUAUGCUCUUGAAAUUCUGAAAAACGGCACUAUAGUGGACAAGGUGCUCCUCAUGCAUCAAGGCUACUUUGUGGUUGGACGUUUGCCGGUGUGCGACGUCCCUCUGGAACACCCCUCCAUCUCCAGGUAUCAUGCUGUCAUCCAGUACCGACAGCAGCCCGGCCAGGAGGAGUCUGUCGGGGAGGAGCGAGGUUUCUACGUGCAGGACUUGGGCAGCACGCACGGCACCGUCGUCAACAAGAACAAGAUUCCCCCCAAUACGUUUGUCAGACUCCGCGUUGGACAUGUUCUUAAAUUCGGCGGCAGCACGAGGUUGUUCAUCCUACAGGGUCCAGAAUUCGAUGAGGAAGAGGAGUCUGAACUAACAGUCACAGAGCUGAGAGAGCAAGGCAGGAAGCAGAGGGCGGAGCUAGAGAAGAUCAUGACGGGAGAAGGUUCUGAUGAUGAGAGCGAGGCGAAAAGUGAAGGGAACAGCGGCAAGAGCAAAGUGUCCAAGGAAGACUCGGGCUGUUCUUGGGGAAUGGCUGAGGAGCAGCUGCCGGAAGAAGAUGAAAAUGAGGAGAACCCCUUUUCAGUAGAGUUCCGAGAAGACCAGGAAGCGGCCUACCUAAAGGACCCUAAGAAGGCCUUACAGGGUUUUUAUGACAGAGAAGGCGAAGAGCUGGAGUUUGAGUAUGAAGACAAAAGCCACGGCAGCUGGCUCUGCAGGAUCAAGCUGCCGGUGGACGACGCCUUGGGCCGACAGCUGGUCGCUGAGGUGACCCUCACGGGCAAGAAGAAAGAAGCGGCCGUCCAGUGCUGUCUGGAGGCCUGCCGGAUGCUCGAAGCCAGAGGGCUGCUGCGCCAGGAAGCAGUGUCCCGCAAACGCAAGAAAAAGAACUGGGAAGAUGAGGACUACUACGACAGCGACGAUGACACCUUCCUGGACCGGACAGGCACCGUGGAAAAGAAGAGGAAAGAGAGAAUGAAAAAAGCUGGCAAGAUCGAGGAGCGGCCCGACACCCACGACUCGCUGCUGGCCAAGCUAUCACAGGUGGAGAAGGAGAUAGCAGAAGCACAGAAGAAGCUCGGCACCGCUGGGAAAAACACUCGGGGCUCUUCCGCCGACGACCCGCUGGACGCCUUCAUGUCGGCCGUCCGCAGGGAUGAAGCCAUGGAUGCCGUGGAGCGCAGGAAGCUCCACGUGCACAUCGCUGAUCUGCGAAAAGAUGCCCAGCGACUCCGCAAGUUGGCGGAACUCACCCGGCCUUCUCAGUUGCCCUCGCUGGUCCCCAGCGGGAGCUCAAAGUGUGAGAAACCAAAGGCAACCUUGCCACUUUUUGGAGCCAUGAAAGGAGGAAGCAAGUUCAAGUUGAAGACCGGCACAAUCGGGAAGAUGCCUCCUAAGCAGCCCGCCUUGCCUCCUGAACUCUUUAACAUGAAAGAACUUCCGCCAGGAGGAGAAGAGGAGGAGGAGGAGGAGGAAGAAGGAAAGGGGGAGACGGCUGAAAAAAAGGAGGAUCAUGAAGAUAAUGCACACGAGUUAAAUGUUGAUCCUUCAGAGGCCAGUGAGACUUCAGGACAGAAAGGAAGAAAAUCAGUGCCGGAGACAAAAGCAGAGCCAAGUCCAGAAAAGAGGGAAAGCAAGGCUUGUAGUGACACGGGGAAUCAGAACAUCAAGCCCAAUCAUGAGGCACCAUCUUCCGAAUCCAGAGACAAGGGUGAUCAGGAUCUCAGUCCGAAAAAGAAAAAGAAAGUCAUGGGCCCCAGCAGGCCGCCCGUUCAGCUCUCGAGUCAAUAUCCACAGGACGACCCCGAUUACUGUGUUUGGAUGCCGCCGACAGGUCAGACCGGAGAUGGCCGCACUCAUCUGAAUGACAAGUACGGCUACUGAAUGAACGGUGUCAUUCACAACGCAACCCGUCAACGGCUCCUGCACCAUCAUUUUGCAUUUGAUGACCAAGAGACUCAAAGUCAAUAAUAAAGUCGAUGGACAGAAAGGACUGUCGCUUUGCCAAUGCAGAGAUUUCAGCCCAGCUAUUGCAUGGCGACCUUUUCACCCUUCAAGCAGAAAAGAGAAAAUGGCUGCCCAAGCUGAUGUGAGCUGAAUUCACCUUUUUUUCUUCCUCUUGUCUCUGGCUUCUCCUCUUUCACUUCAAACCACCUGACAUUCAAUCUGUAUCCCUCCCCUGUUUGGCUCGACUUGAUCACUGGCAUUAAUAGCCCCGCACACACACACACACACACACACACCCUGCAAAAGAGUGUAGCAGGGAGGCAGAGCAGCGAAGCAGCUUUUCUGACCAUCUGGACACUUGGAUGGCUUACUGGAUGAAACGCAAGCUGAUAAUGACUCGCGCUACAGUAAGCGGAGUUGUGUGUCAGCUGACGCACAUAUCCACUAGUGGGCCAACCUUCUCAAAGUUCUCUUUUUAACAGGAUUCUCCUUACGCUGCAAUCGGCCACUCGGUGCCGCUCAUUUGUUUCGUGGACGUUUUGUGUUUCAUUUUGUGGUAACUACUUUUACAUUGUAUUUUGUUCUAAUAAAAUGUCAACCGUU